AUGCGGGCCCCACUCGGAGGCGGCGCUCAGUCCGCGGCCGAGAUGCUGCUGCCGCUGCUGCUGGUCGGGCUCCUGCUGCCCGCGGCGCUGGGGGCCGCUCCGGGGAUCGGGGCGCUGCGGGAGCUGGACGCCGGCCUGGACCCUGCGGCCCUGAAGGCGGCUCGCUUCGCCCUGGAGAGCUACGGCCGGGCAGCGGAGCAGCGCGGGGGGCCGGCCCGGCUGGGGGCCAUCCGGCGGGCGCAGGCCCAGGUGGUGAAUGGGAUCAAGUACUAUCUGGAUGUGACCCUGCUGAAGUCACCGUGCAGCCAGCAUGGAUUCACAAACCAGGAUGCUGCCAUCUGUGAAAAUUCAGUGGAACCAGAGCAAAUAGUGGAGGCCACUUAUUGUUGA